AUCAGAGCGCAGCAGAGUGACUCGCGGUGAGGGAACGGUGCAUUUAACAACCUUUCCUCAGGUCUCUCAGUCCCCGACCCUCUAUAACUCGGUUUAUCUCGGGUUAGGAUCCCUUCAGACCCUCCUCGCUGCUCCAGGAUCCUCUACAGACCUUUAUAACCUCACUUCACACUGUGUGGUGUCGUUUGUGUACAUCAGCAGACACACCCUCCGAGUUCAGGAGCCCAAGACUGGAAUCCGUGUAAUUUAAUUACCUUAAAACAGACUGAGACAUGGCAUACCCAGGGUACGGAGGUGGACCAGGACCCGGAGCGGAUCCUCUCUACGGAUACUUCUCCGCUGUAGCAGGACAGGAUGGACAGAUCUCUGCGGACGAGCUGCAGCGCUGCCUCACUCAGUCUGGCAUCUCUGGAUCAUACAAACCGUUCUGCCUGGAGACCUGCAGACUGAUGAUCAGCAUGCUGGAUCGGGACAUGUCCGGCACCAUGGGCUUCCAUGAGUUCAAGGAGCUGUCUCAGGUUAUAAACGGCUGGAAGUCUACCUUUAUGUCCUACGACCGAGAUCACAGCGGAACGGUGGAGGGUCCUGAGAUGCAGCACGCCAUCACCGCCAUGGGUUUUCACCUGAGCCCUCAGGCCAUGAACAUCAUCAUGAAGCGCCACAGCACCAACGGCCGAGUCGCUUUUGAUGAUUUCAUAACCUGCUGCAUAAAACUCCGAGCCCUGACCGAUCAGUUCCGAAGGAGAGACUCGAGCGGGAGUGGACAAGCAAUGUUUCAGUACGACGACUUCAUCCAGGUCACCAUGAGUAUAUGAAGAGGAAAGGACAGAACGAAGGGAACACUCCAGCCUUUAAAAACCACUCAUAUUGACACCGUGUAAUUUCAUCUUUAUGUAUUUGAUGUGUUUAAUGUCUUCAUCACAUUCCAUUUUAAAAUGAAGCUUUCAGAAAUAACAGCUGAACCCGUUUGUAUCCACAGAAGAGAGCAUGCAGACUAACAGGGAUUAUAUCAUCUCUUUUAUAUCUUUGUACCUCAAGAGUCACAACAUGAGACCACGAAUCCACUGAAAGCCCCUGUGAGGGAUUCUUAACUGGUCGUAUGACAGAGUGAAAUUAAUACUGCGGCCUCUUUAUCACCUACAGCAGCAGAUAACACCCUCAGCAGCAUGAUUUACAUUUUCAGUGUUGUUGAAGAAGGCAGGAUGAAAGUAUCUUCAUUUUUUCAGAUGUUAAAGUUUGACCACAAGGGGGCGCCAAAAUGUAAACAAACCAAAAGUUCCUCAGCAGCUUCGAAUAUGAUCACGUCAGGAGUGGAUAAAUCUAUUAGCAUGUAAUGUUGUAACCUGGAUUGUAUUCUCUGUAUAACAAUGAUUUUACACUUUUUGAUUGUCUGUUUUUUUUAACACAUGAUGAGCGACUGAAACAUAGAAAGAAAAUCAAAAUCCUACAUAAAAUCUAACCAUUUUACCCGUCCUUAUUCGGCCUGAUUUUGUUACAUUUUGGGGUUUUUUAUGUCUUUAUUUAGAGAGGACAGGAGAAAGGAUGGAGCAGGAAACUGAGACAUAGAGCAGGGAGUUUAUGCAGGAAGGGAGCCUACUUUAGGACAAAGGUUUCUGUUGGGGACGGGGGGCGGGGCUUAAACACAAGACCAGACCUGCUUCCCCUUUUAUUUAGAAUGUUAAAAAAAACUGAAUCUUAUUAAACCUUAUAUGCUCAGCAGCAAUAUAAA